AUAAUAAUUUCAUUACAACUUCGCUCUGUCAAACCAAACAUGCUCUAAUUGCUUUUGUUGUUUUGUUAGUUUACAAUAAAGAAAAAUAAAUAAUAAUAAUAAUAUAACAUAAAUAUUUUGUAUUUCCAUGGACAGUGUUUUGCCAAGUAGAGUUUGGGUAGCUUGCAAAUUAAGAAAACAAAUUAAAUUAUAUACACAUAUAAACCCAUGACUCACUCUCUUUCUUUCUACAAAUUCAAUGGAGAUUUUCCAAACUAGUGAAGGAGAGCCAGAACCUGGGCUUGGGCCUGGGCCUGGGCCUCCCCACGAAGCUCUGUUCCUGGCCUUAGCUUAUCUUCCGGUGUUAGAGCUUUUAGCAAUGAGUGAAGUCUGCGUUUCGCUAAGGGAUUGUGUCAAAAACGACGACGUUCUUCCGUGGCUAAACGUCGUCGUUGAAAGGCCUCUAAACCGUCGAUUGUCUGAUCAGAAUUUGAUGCGAAUAGCUUCCAUGAGCAGAGGUAGGUUGAACACUCUGGCUCUCAUCAACUGCUCUCGGAUUACCGAUUAUGCCCUUCACUCUCUGGUUCAACAAAAUCCUCUUAUCCAAAAGCUUUUCAUACCGGGAUGUACAGCGUUGUCGGCCGAGGGAGUCGUCCGAGCUGUAAAGACAUUAUCUCAACAAGGCCACACCUUGAAAAACCUAUGGAUAAACGGUAUUAACGACAUUCAAAAACACCAUCUCGAAACACUCUCUUCGUGUCUUCAACAUAACCCGAAAGAGCAGCAAAAGCCACAGCGGCCUCUCCUUCUAUUUCACGAGUACAAAAACUUCUCAACAAUCAGGCAUUAUUACAAAGACCAGCCAACUAUAGACAUCGAAAUCUGCCCACGAUGCAAAGAGCUGAGACCGGUCUUUGACUGUGCAAGUAAAGCCUGUAAGGUGAAGAUGAGUUGCAAAGGCUGCAUCUUUUGCAUUCCGAGAUGCAUAGAGUGUGGUGGAUGUUUCGAGUCUUUAGAGCAAGAAGAAGCUGUUUGUGAAGACUCUUUGUGCUUGGAUUGCUGGCUUCAACUUCCCAAAUGCAAUUUUUGUAACAAGCCCUAUUGUAAGCAGCAUGCAGAGGAGAAAGGCCUCGGUUCUUCGACAUCUGCUGGGUUUGUCUGCGAAGCUUGUGAACAAAAUCGAUACAACAGCGAUGAAGAAUGGGAAUAAAAGUAAUGUAGUUUUCAUUUCAAGAAGAAAGUGGUACAUUUUCAUUUCAGUUCAGUUCAAAGAAUACAACUCAAAUUUUUCCUACAAAGCUAGUUAGUUACAAACUUAAACUGAAA